GUGUUAUUAAAGAAAAUUCCGUACUUAGUGUGAAACAAAUAAUACUCGUAUACUUGUAAACAAUUGCAAAUACAAUUGCCUACACAUUGUCAGUGCUCAGUUUCAUCCGUCCGAGUUUGCAAACGAAAAACAUUUAAAACCCCAACAAACAAUCACCCAAACGUAGCACUCCACCUUUCAGUAAAGCUAACCGUUGCAUCUGACAUUUGUCAGCUAGAAACAACAGGGAAAGCACUUUGUCAAAAAACUCAUCAAACUUCAUUGUCAUCGAAACGCAAACGCUGACUCAUUGACAAACAUGCUCCACGUCGAACCGAAUCGGCUCCCGUAUUUCACGUAUCUCUAUAGAUUUCGCGAUCCGCCCUCUCUUUCUACCGCCCCGAACAAACACUAGUGCGUUUCCAUUUCUCGACGCGGUCGGUCGUUUCGUUCCUCGGCGAUGGAAGAUCGCGAUUUUUGAAUUCCGAAUGCGUGCGUGAUUUUUUAAAGACAUCGCGGGAAAACUUUUAGUGGUGUGGUUUGUGUUUUUUUUUUUGUUUUGAAUAGUGUUUGACUUUUAACUGUGGAUGAUAAGUUAGUGAUUUGUGGGAUGUGUCGUGAUUUUACUGAAUCCAAGAAUGUUCGCACACGUUCGCACCAACAGAUAACAGUAAAAAUGACCAUUAACCUGAGUGGGAAAAAACUGUGACAUUUAAAAUCAAUCGUGCCAAAACAAUGUUUUGCUGCAAAGAACUGAAACUACUCUACGCCACUAUUGUUCUGUUACUCGAAGCUGAGUUGCUGGUGAACACGGAUGCAAUGGAGUCGAAGCGGUCUUCCUUGUUGGCGCAAAACGCUGAUGAAUUGAAAUCUUUGGAGCUAUGUAUUAGUAGGAAUCAACAGAGGCUGGGUAGUGUUUUUGGGAAUUAUACGAGGCAUCACAAAAAGGGUCACAGAAGAAGAACAACCACCACAACACAAACAACAGUCAUCUACACGACGGCAGUCGACAAUGAAGACGACCUAACCAACCCCUUCGCCACCAGCGAAACCCUCACAACCCCCCACCCAAAACUACCCAAACCCCAAAGGCUAUCUUCAUACAAAGACUACGAUGUACAUAUAGAUAAAAAUGCAAUUGAAGAUGAAAUAAGUGAGAUUAUAGAAGGUUAUAAGCAUCAUGAGAAAUAUACAGAGCUAGAUGAAGCAUCAUUAGCUAAAUCGUUAAGUAAAGUUAAGAAAAUGUACAGAGACUCAGCGGGAUCGGCCGCUAAUAAGUUAAGUGGGAAGGGCGGGAAGACGGGUAUAUUUUUGACUGACAAUUGUACAACUGUUAUAGCACAGAUAGGAACUACAGCUGUUUUGCAUUGUGAAGUUAGCGAUAUCACAGAGAACACGGUAACGUGGAUAAGAAAAAAAGACUAUUCCUUGUUAUCAGUGGGGCUGGUUACAUACAGCGCAGACAACCGAUUCUUUUCUGCCCACGGCCGACAUGUGAAGGACUGGGCCCUCCACAUACGGUUCUCCACGUCCGCAGACGGUGGUUACUACGAGUGCCAAGUCCCAACGCACCCGCCUACGAGUAUCUUCUUUAAGCUGGUUCUCGUUGCUGCCUACGCGGAAAUAAUGGGGGAAUCAGAGAAAAUCAUCCACGAGGGUUCGAUGCUGAGGCUAGUGUGUGUAGUGCGGCGCUCCACCGAGCCGCCGUCCUACGUCUUCUGGUACUUCGAGAACAGGAUGAUCAAUUAUGACCUGAACGGAGUUAGCGUUCACAACGGGCGUCAGACCAGUGAGCUGGUGAUAGGAAAAGCGGAGCCGCGGCACGCGGGAAACUACACCUGCGUGCCGGCCAACGCUAAAGCUGCCUCUGUCACCGUGCAUGUCGUGCAAAGUGAAACCCCGGCAGCCAUGCAGCACGGCAACAACUCCUCAACCCACACCAGCUUGCACUUGCUGGCCAGUGGCUUCGUCUAUCUAUUGGCACUAAAACUAUUGCUAACACAAAUAUGCUUAGAGUACGGAUAGUGAUAAAAGCAUAAAAUAGCAUUUUGGUUAUCCCUUUCCCAUAGUUGAGAAGAAAAGUAGUUAAUUCUGAAACAAAAAGACGCCUGGAUGUUGGUAUAAAAUUUGAGGUUUGAAUAUUUCUACUGGUCUGAACGUUAGUACCUAUUUAGUUUUUUGUACAGUAUGUGAUACAUUUCAUUUUAAAAACGAUUGUAAAAAUAUUAUUUAACGAUGGUAUGUGUUUUAGUUUAGUACAACGGUAGGUAUUUACCUACGUACUUACUCAUAUAUGGUAAGGUUAUACAAGGUGGCCAAAAAUUUGUACAUUCCUGUUGCCAGGGAGGUUUUGGGCUUAUACCGGCUUAGACCAACCUCGAAAUUGCGAAAAAAAAAUCUGGCUGUUUCAUACAUUUUAGCUGGUCCAUUUUCUAUGGGAGGGUAAAAAUUUUUUUCGCGAUUUCGGGGUUGGUCCCAUAGUCAAAGUUGCUCACUAUAAUCCCAAAUCCUCCCUGGCAACGGGAAUGCACAUAUUUUUUGGCCACCUUGUAUAUGGUUGAGCUGCAAUUUAUGUUUGUAAUUUAGAUAUUUUUGUGUAACUAAGUUUAGACCCCGUAAGUUCGCGUUUUUCUCUGAUGAAAGUGCGCGCCCGGGAGUGCGGAUAUCAUGCUAUUUAACUUAAUUUUAUUUGUACGUUUAAAUUAAGUAAAAAGUUCCGAUCCGAUACGUCCCUACUUAUUUCCUCAUUAGCUCAGUUUGGAUUAUUAAUAAAGCGUCUAAUGCAUUGAGCUACUUUUCUUUUUCACUACACCUUCACUGUUUAUAAUAAAUAAUUAUGAUCUGGUGUUAAAUAUGGUGUUUUUUCAGCAAAUGUAUAAUGUCUGUUUAUCAUUUAUAGAAUUGUUUAUUAGGAAACCAUAUAAAUUAUCUAUAUUUUAGACUGUUAUAUUUAAAUGAUAUAAUAUUGUUGUGAUCGUCAUUUUUAUUUGUUUUUAGAAAGCCCUUGUAAAUUUAGCAUUGCGUUAAUAAUCAUAAAGUGUUUUGUCAAAUGUAAAAUACAAAGGAUUUUGAGUAUUUCAUCAUAAUUAUGGUGUAUUUAAGAAUUUAAAUGCUGUGUAUUUAAAACUGUAUUACCUAUAACUUAAAAACAACCAAAACUGUUUUCGAACUGCCUUCAUUUAAUACUGAAUUUUCAAAAAAUA